AUGUUUGAGAUGAAGCACAUCCUCAUACUUACAUGCAUUAUUCUUGCCUGUCAGGGAGCCCAUGUAACAGACUUCUCUGUUCACAUUAAAGGAACAUUUUUGUGUAAUGAGGAGCCUUUCAAAAACUGGCCAUUAGAAGUUAUGAUUGAUGGCAAGCGAUUCAAAUACGAAGAUGACAUCGAUAGAUUCACUAAAGACAAUGGAAAUUUUAGCAUUAAAGCCUGGAUCAGAACUGAUUCGUAUAUGAUCACACCCUACAUUGUAAUUCAGCACAACUGCUGGGAGACUAAAGAAGUUCCACACCGCUGCCACCGUAAAAUCAUCCAGCCCGUCCAAUCCCGAUAUGUGACAGUCGGCUCGAAAAUUCCAGAGGAAAAUAAGACAUUCAACAUCGGAACUAUUGACCUUCGUUUCAAGCAUCCAGCUGAACUUCCCGUUAACUGUGGAAACUAG